GAGGCUCCGCCCCGCGCGACCGCCUCUCUUCUCGCCGCCAUCUUAGGUUCCCUCGGCUAUCCCUCCCCGGGCGUGCGGACACGCCACGAGUGGUUUGGAGGCGCGCGCCAUCACCAUGCAGAUCUUCGUGAAGACGCUCACGGGCAAAACCAUCACCCUCGAGGUUGAACCCUCGGACACUAUCGAGAAUGUAAAGGCAAAGAUUCAAGACAAGAGGGUGCUGAUGCGUUAUUCAAUCCUUCCAGGCAUCCCUCCAGACCAGCAGAGGCUGAUCUUUGCAGGCAAACAGCUUGAGGAUGGCCGCACGCUGUCCGACUACAACAUUCAAAAGGAGUCGACGCUGCACCUGGUGCUGAGGCUGCGCGGUGGCGCCAAGAAGCGCAAGAAGAAGUCGUACACGACCCCCAAGAAGAACAAGCACAAGCGUAAGAAGGUCAAGCUCGCCGUGCUCAAGUACUACAAGGUGGACGAGAACGGCAAGAUCACGCGUCUGCGGCGUGAGUGCCCCUCGGAGGAGUGCGGAGCCGGCGUCUUCAUGGCCAACCACUUCAACCGGCAGUACUGCGGAAAGUGCUGCCUCACCUACGUGUUCAACAAACCCGAGGAGAAGUGAUGUGCGCGUGUCACCCCUCUUUGUUAAGUGCCGCGAUGCUUAAUAAAGAAGCCUUGUGAACGGCA